AUGAAACAAAGCGAGCGCGGUCAAAUUGUGAUCGGCAGCGACGAAACUGGCGCCGGUGAUUACUUUACGCCGCUAGUUGUCGCGGCCGUCUUUGUGCCGCCGACUAACUGGGAUUACUUUCGGAGUCUUGGCGUGCGCGACUCCAAGGAGCUAAGCGAUCGCCAAGUGUUACAAAUUUUUGAACUGAUCAAAAAACGAAUCAAGUCGAGCGUGCGCUACCUUAACCAGAGCGAGUACAACCAUCUCAGCAAAAAGUACAACGCCAACGAGUUAAAAACGUUGCUCCACUUCCAAGCUCUCUUAGCUUUAGCCGACCGAUUGGAAGGCGUUGACCUAGCGAUUGUCGACGAUUUUGCUAAGACAAACGGCGGCGUUAGCAGCUACGUUCGCAUCCAACGUUACUUUGAAAAACUAGCCCACCACCGUGAUUUUGGGCUUUUUUGA